AUGCGGCGUGCAAAGGUCGCGCCGGAUGUGAUUAGCUUCAACUGCACCAUCAGCUCCUGUGAGAAGAGCUCGCAGUGGCAGUCUGCCCUUGCAAUCCUGGAGGAGAUGUGGUCCCGCAAGGCUCGACCCGACAUUGUCAGCUUCAGUGGAAUGAUCAGCGCCUCUGAGAAAGCAAGCGAGUGGCAAUCUGCACUGACGCUGCUCCACACGCUUCUGGGCCGUAACAUGCGGCCCGAUGAAGUCUGCUGGAAUGCCGCCAUCAGUGCAUGUGGCAAGGCCUCCAGGUGGGAGCCCGCGCUUGCGCUGCUGUUUUCCAUGUCAGCUCGGGCUCUUCGUGCCAACGAGAUCAGCUUCAACAGUGCCAUCACUGCUUGCGAGAAGAAGGAAAAGUGGCAGCUGGCUGCCUGGCUACUGGUCUACAUGGCCCGAGAGGGUAUCAGGCCGGAUGUCAUCAGCUACAACAGCGUGAUCAGCGCUUGUGAGAAGGGCCGCCACUGGAAGCUUGCCCUGCAGCUGCUGGUUUUGCUGACCCAGGUCGCUGUCCUCGCCGACAUUAUCAGCUAUUGCAGCACUAUCAGCGCUUGCGAAAAGGAGAGCCAGUGGCGCACGGCCAGAAAGCUGCUCUCAGCGAUGUCCCCGCAAAGGCUGCGUCCACCAUCUGCAGCCUUCAAUGCCGUGAUCAGUGCCUGUGGAGCAGCCAAGAAGUGGCGCUUGGCCGUGUUAUGCUAUGCUGAGAUGCACUUCAGCCAGGUCCUCCCGGAUGAGAUCUCAUGCAGCAGCACAAGCCGCGCCUGUGAACCACUGGGCCUUUGGAAGGUCUCCGGCAAACUUCUGGACCAGCUUUGCCAAACAAGCAGUGCUGUCGCGGUCGGCAGCAUUCUUCGCUGCUGUGAGGUGGCCCACACAUGGCAGCCCAUGCCUCGCAUACUGGAUGAGCUCCAGUUUGCCGGCGUGGCGCGCUUGCCUCCUCAUGUAGCGAAAACGACUGCGCGUGCCGUGCAACUGGGGGUUGCAGUCAUCGUCAGGCCCUUGCAGGCGUUGGAGGUAGAAAGCCUGCGCCAGGUUGAGUGGAAAUCUGGUGGCAGACUGCGCCGAGGUGUUUCGAGGCUUCUUUGA